ACAAUAAAUCAAUAAAUUAUUAGUCGCGGGUUGCAAAUCACAAGCAAUCGCCAGUUCGCCACCGAGUGAAGAACAUUGACCGGAAGAAGAUUGCUUUCCGUAGUAAACAAACCAGAAAGGGAGAUAGAGGAGAACAUGUCGUGGCUGCGAACGGCGGUGAGUAAGGCGGUGGAGGUGAAGAACUAUGCUGACUCCGUCGUCCAGCAGGCUGGCCAAGCCGUUGCUGAAGGAGCCAAAUUGUUCCAAGACCGCAUUGGUGUUGGGGCAUAUAAGAGUGUUAAUCAGACGAUUCAGAGGUUGGAAGAAGCUGCAGUCUCGUGCAGGGGUCAUGAUAGAGCAUUGCUGAUUACCAGAUGGCUAACUCUGCUUAAAGAGAUCGAUGGAGCUACUGGAACUUCCGUCAAAGAUAAAGAUAUGAUGAGUUCUGAGGAACAAGUUGCAAAGAGGCGUGAAUGGGUUUUGUACUACGAUCCAGAUAUAGGAGGUGAGCCACUAAACUUCCGUGAUGUUUUCCUGCAAAGUCAAGCUCUGGAGGCAUCCUUCUAUUUGACUGUUCUAUUACAGAUUAUUGAACCACCACAUGAUGAAGAAGUUUCUCUACUCCUGGAGAUGUUUGGGCUAUGUCUGAAUGGAGGAAAGGAAGUUCAUGAUGCCAUAGUCAGCAGUAUGCAGGAUCUUGCUGCAGUCUUUUCAAGUUAUAAGGAUGAAGUUCUGGUUAAGCAAGACGAACUGCUUCAGUUCGCCCAAAAUGCUAUCACAGGGUUAAAGAUUAAUGCUGAAAUGCUGAGGAUUGAUGCUGAAGCUUCUGAUCUUAGAGAAAAACUCGAAAAGAUGAACUUCUCUGAGUCUCCACAGGAGAGUGAAGACAAGGAAGUUAAAAAGGCUCCUUUAACAAUAGAGGCUCUUAAACAAACACUUGCAAAGAUUCGUCUAUGCUCCAGAUUAGAAGGGCUUCUAAUUAGGAAGAGACAACUAAGCAACGGUGAUUCACCAGAUAUACAUGCUCAGAAAGUCGACAAGCUGAAGGUGUUAUUGGAAUCUUUAGCAAAUUCAACUACCAAAGCCGAGAAACGAAUAUCAGAGAACAGGCUUCAGAAAGAAGAGGCGCUUAAAGCUCGUGUGGUGAAAGCAAAUGAAACCGGUGAAAAGGAAAAGGAACUGGCUGCGGAAAUUACACAGCUUGUGAAACAAAGAGAUGAGUUGGAAGCUGAACUGAAGAAGGUGAAUAUAUCAUUAGCUGCUGCUCAAGCUCGGUUCCGUGAUGCGACAGAAGAGAGGGAUCAAUUUGGUGAAGCCAACGAUCAGAUAAUCGCUCACUUGAAAACAAAGGAGGAUGACUUGUCCAAAUCAAUUGUAUCUUGUAAGAAAGAGUCAGAAGUUAUCAAGACUUGGAUUAGUUUCCUCGAGGAUGCAUGGCUUCUUCAAUGCUCAUAUACCGAAAAGAAGGAUAAGCAGACUUUGGACGAAUUGGAGAAGCAUGAGGGUUACUUCUCGGGUGUGGCUUUUGAUAUACUCUCUACGUACAAGAGGGAGGUGGCACCUUUAAUAAGCCGUAUAGAGAAUUAUGUGGAAAAUCUGAAGAAUCUUGGUCCUGGGUCGGAGAUGCCAACAGAUGCAUAUCAGGGGGAGAAUCAGGUUUCAAGUCCAAGGAGAAGCCUGGAGCAGGAGUAUCUAGACUAUGAGACCAAGAUCAUUACCACCUUCAGCAUUGUGGAUAACAUGAAAGAGCAUUUCCAAGUCCUCCAAAGCAAAUUGGAAAAGAAGGACGACCGGCGUGUGAAAGAGCUCUUUGAUGACAUGGAGAAAAUGAGGCAGGAGUUUGAAUCCAUAUCAAGGCCAACGCUGGAGAUAGAGACUCCAUCGCCUAAAAGCAGUACUGCUGCAUCACCCAAAUCCCCUAAGCCCAGCAGUAGUAGCAUGGAUGCUCCAGUUAAAUCUGUAACCCAAAAGACAGAACUGAGCGACCCUGCUGAGGCACCGACUACUACUACUACUGCUGGUUCCAGUCAGGAAUCUAACCCUGAAUCUGAACUAGCCGAGCUUGAAUCUGAAGUUGGUAAGGUGGCUCGUGAUUACUCUGCAGAUGAGGUUGAUGGAUGGGAGUUCGAUGAACUUGAGAAAGAACUGCAGGAGUAGCGUAUUAGUAGUAAUAGUCCAGCAACUCAGAAUAAUAUGAUCAUCACACACAAGUGUUCACAUACACUUAUAAAAGUUCUUCCCUUUACUUUCUUCUUUUGCCGUAACUCCCAAGUUCCUUUGCUAAUCUGUAUGGUAACUGCUUGUUGUAUGGCCUACUUGAACAAACUUUUGAAUCAUGUGUUCUAGUACUCUUUCACAAUGUUGUGUGGCUGUGUUUGUGUU